AUGGAAUCCCUCCAGCAGCUCUUAGAGGAUGGCAUGUCCACAUCCAGAGUUAGCAACUACUCGGAUAGGGAUAAGUUGACGCUCUGCUAUAUCUUGGCCAACUCGAUGCUCUUCCUGUACCUGGGCUCCUGGCUACGUACAGCGUGGAACAGCAACAGGGUCUAUUUCAUCCAACGAGCAGGUGUUUCGGCCUUGAAACCGGUCACUUUGACGUUCCCCUAUUUAUCUGUCGAAAUACAAGAUAAGCAAGAUACUACUAGCACGUCAGAACAGCAUAUGCAAGCCCACUGCCAUCCAAGUAUCCUAGCACUCGGCAUCAUAUUCCUCGAGAUUGCCACAGGUUCCGUGUUCCCCAGGAGUUCUCAAAAACCAGUGGACGCCAGCUAUGAGCAGUGCAACGAAGACUUCCUGGAAGCUUGGAAGCAAAUGGAGAACCUAGAGAAAGGGCGAAGAUACAUACCCUCUGCUCUCCGCAAAGUCAUCAGGGCUUGCAUUGACUUGAAGCCGCCGCCUAACAUACCGAGCACCAGUCUGACGGAAGAGGGCCCAAUACGCCAGUACAUCCUAUCAUGUAUCAUUCUUCCACUGGCAUCAGAGCUGGUGGAUGGUUACAACAUUCGCUUAGAGGAGUUACGCACGGCGCUGGAGAAAGAGCUGAAAGGCCUCGAAAAGGUUGAGGAAGCAAGCACCAAAACAUCAAUCAAGCAGCCGCUGGAAAGUUGUAGCCGCAGUCUGGCAACGGUACCCGAAGUGGAAACAGCGUUGCACGCUCAGGCUGCGAGGGGACAUGACCCAUGUCUCAUGGCAGAUGGUGAUGAGAGAGAAAUAACAGUCAACGAAGAAGCGACCAAGAGAACAAAGGAGUGGUUCGAGUACCACGAAGACGUCCUUUCCCGAGCCAAACAGUUGCGCAACUGGCAUAGAGUUGAGUUCAGAACACCGAGAAUUGUACACUUCGAGCCGAGGAUCAAGUACAAGAGCUGGGUAGACGGACACGCCGACUGCCGAGACGAUGUUGGCCACGGGACGCAUCUAACCAUCCUCCUGCGGAAGGUCGCGCCAAACGCCGAGAUUCAUACCGCCAGAGUAUUCAAAAGCAGGCCUAAAGGCGACAAGUCUGCGCUAAUUAUUGCUGAGGCGCUUCGAUAUGCCGUCAGCGUCUGGGAAGUCGAUAUCGUCGUAAUGUCCUUUGGUUUCUUUGACAACAAUUAA